CAUAGUGAUCAAUAUCCACGUAGAUGAUUUCUAUAAAACUAAUUACGAUGAAAUUCUAAAAAACAAUCUCCUAUACGCCGGCGAUAUCGAUCUCAACACCUCAACUUUGCUGAUAAACAACGGGGUUAUAAGGAAUAGAAAUUACGUAACCCAACCACAACCCACCAGGAAGAUCGCUAAGCUAAUGACAGCAAAUAUAGCGCGAAUGAAAGAAUUGGAGCAAUAUAUAUUUGGAUUCCCUAAUAAAAAACUAAGUAUUGACAUUGACAAAAAACCCAACAAAGUACUGAUAUGUUUGAAUAAGUUCAAUGUUCAUGUCAAACACGUGCUACAUUUCAGUGACGAUAUUGGUUUGAAUUUAAUUUACUCGGAUAAAUGCGAGGAAGAUAUCAGAACUCACAAGGAAACUAUAUUGGCCGUGUUAACGCCGAAACAAAUAGAAUCAGAUCUCGCAAGCCCGAUAAUUAUCUAUGAAAAUUCUCAGCAGGAUUAUUAUGAUAGCAGCAACGUUUUCAAUGUCGUCAAUGUGAAAAAAUCAAUGGAGUUAUUCGAAAUAGGAUUUAAAAGUUUCUUAAAGGAAACCUAUUGGAAUAGAGUCGCAGUGAUUUCCGAUACAUGGGCAUACAGCUUAAUGUUUCAGGACAUGCUUACUACCAUGUUCAAGAAAGAAGGAAUACUUCAUACAGCACUAGAAUGUUUCGAGAAUGUUCACGGUAUUAUCGAUUUCAAACCAGCACUACGUAAACUCAGAGCGGCGGAUGCCGGAAUUGUAAUAGUGAAUAUAGACAAACGAAAUGGGAUGCAACUGGCCAAACAAGUUCAACAAGUGAUGAAGCUGAAUGGAAUCGUUUGGGUGUCCAGGGACUGGCCUUUCGAGGAAGACGUUUCCACGAGUAUGGGUUCGGUUAUUUCGUUAUCACUAACACCGGCAAACGUUUAUAAACUUCAAGAUAAUAUCGACGGAAUACACACCAAAAGGAUAUUUACAUUGGUGAAUUUACUAGCGAGAGCUUACAAAAAUACUGCACACGUCCCUAAUAGUAUCACGAAAAAAGAUUUUUAUAGAAAAAUUACGGCUGAACUAAAAACGUCAAUACGAAAUGGUGACAUCGAUGCUUACAUAACAGAGAUGCUUGGCGACAGAUACCCCAAAACCGUUGGAAAAGUUUCAAUCGAGAAACGCGGUGCUAUCGUAUUUGAGACGCAUCUGAAUCGUGAGUUGGAGCGAAUCUCGAAUGACGCGCAGUGGUGCUUCCGGGGCAACGAUUACUACAAGCCGUGCAACAACACCGUAUUCAUUCACAUUAUGCUUGUCCUGAUAGUGUUGGCUUUGAUGAUGCUCGCGAUCCUUUUUAUUUUCUCGAAAAUCAACGAAAACAGGAACGCUUAUAAACGAAUGUGUGAAUAGCACACAAAAAUAUUCCGGUAAUGGUAUUAAAAUACGUUUCCAAGGUUCAAUUUGCCAUAUUAUACAUUUGUGAAGGUUACAAUAUAUAUUUGU